AUGUGGAGUAUCUUAUCAAGCCAAUAUGAAACUGAUGUAGGUGAAAAGAUCGAAGAAUCGAAGAAAUUGAAAAUAGAGAAGUGGAAGAGGAAGAGCAUGAACUGGGCUACUGGACAUGAUUUUUCCAGGCAGUUCCAGAGGCUUUCAGCUGCAGAGCUGUCUGAUUUUGGCUGUUUUAUUGUGCUUGCUGCUGGAGUCACUCUUUUACAACUAACAGAUAUCAGCCUGAUAUAUCACAUGAUUCGUGGUCAAGGCACAAUCAAACUAUAUGUGGUGUACAAUGUGCUGGAGGCAAUUACCUUGUCAACCUGUAUAGUUGCUCACAAUAAUGCGUUGCUGGCUUUGCUAGUAUCAAACAAUUUUGCUGAGAUAAAAAGCAACGUGUUUAAACGUUUUAGUAAGGAGAACAUUCACAGUAUGGUAUAUUAUGAUUCAGUGGAGAGGUUCCAUAUUUCAGCAUUUAUCUUAUUCGUUUUAGCUCAAAACAUUCUGGAGGCUGAGGGCCCUUGGUUUGAAAGCUUCCUCUUUAAUGCUCUUCUUGUUUAUGUAUGUGAGAUGAUGAUUGACAUAAUCAAACAUUCAUUUAUUGCUAAAUUCAACGACAUAAAGCCUAUUGCAUUUUCUGAAUUCCUUGAAGACCUCUGCAAACAGGGUGGGAUUUUGUCGUCAUUAAUCAGAGGCCAAUGGACAUCCGACUUUACAAGGAAUCAUUCUCCUCUUGCCAAGACCCUGAAUAUUCAAACAGAGAAUGGGAAGAAAAACCUCACUUUUAUUCCUUUGGCUCCAGCUUGUGUGGUAGUUCGGGUACUGCGUCCAGUUUUUGCUGCCCAUCUCCCCUACGGUUCCCUUCCCUGGAGGUUCUUCGGGAUUUUCUUCCUGUCUGCCACGACCUUUGUGAUGCUUGCAAGCCUGAAAGUGAUGGUUGGCAUGGGCCUUAAAAAACACGCUACUUGGUAUGUCCAUAGGUGCCGGAAGAGAAAACUUCACUCUGACUAACAAAUUAUUUGCGGAAGGUAUGCCGAGAGGGAGGCUAAAUAUUCACAUCGCUGCAACUGGCUAUAAGAUUGGCUGUUAAGUAGCAGAACUUGGUUUCAUGUCUACCACUACCAGCAGGCGAUCAACUGUUGGUGUAUCUGUUCCAUAAGUCGGAGCUUCCUCCCAAUUUUGUAAUGGAAAGAGGCCACCUAAAGUUUCCGAAAUAUCCAGUGAGAACUUACAAGGCUCCAUGUUGUUAAAUACAAACUUUUCUCUCUCUUGUCCGAUGUUUUCAGGAAUGCGCAAAUGUUAACGAGUCAUACAUAUACAAGCCAUAAUCGCUAGUCAUAAGCACUGAUUAGUUUUGGCCAUAAUAGCUGGUGAUAAGAUCCUAAGUUUGUACUUAGACCUUGUUGUAAAUAUAUUCAUUAAUAAAUUAGACACAGGUUCGCUAAAGUUUGUAAACAUAUAUUAUUUAGAUUUUUUAAGUUUAAAAUGUUGUACUUAG